CAUUCAUGUUAACCUCUGAUCUCCACAGGAGCAGGCACAACUGAGCACGCACCUACAGCAUUACACCCAGAGACAUUAAAAUGAAAAGCCUGGUGACAUAAGCCUGUCAUCCUAGCUACUUUUGAGGCUGAAUGAUGUAAGAGGAUCUCAAGUUCAAGGCUCUGGUUAACAUAGUGUUUAACCCUCUAUUAAAAUAGAAAUGAAGACACCAGCAAGAUGGCUUAGUAGGUAAAGGUACUUGAUACCAAGCUUGAGGACCCCAGUUUGAUCGCCAAAACUCACCUGGAGGAAAGAGAGAACAGACUCUGGGAAGUUGUCCUCUGACUUCCACAUUUGACUGAGCAAGCACAUAGGCACAUGGUUUCAUGUAACCCAAGCUGGCCUAGAUCUCUCUAGGUAGCUGAAGAUGGUCUUCAACAGAUUUUCCUGCUUUUAUCUUCAGAGUGCUGGGAUGACAGACAUAUACCACCAUGCCUGGAUUAUUUGGUACUGGGGAUGAAAUUUGAGGAUUUGUUAAUGCUAAAUUGAGGAACAAAAGUCCAAAAAGUCACCUCAAGUUUUUCAAUUGAGUGUGUAUCUUGAAGGUCAACAGGGAAUGUUUAUAGCACAGUGGAACUCAAAGCAGAUGAAGCUUGAAGUUGUAGCCCUCUAUUCACAUUGCCUGUAUAUUGUCUUCAGAUGGUAAAGAGGAGUUGUUGCCCAAGUUGGUGCCUGUGUCACUGGUCUGGGCUGAGUCCUCGGUCAGGGCCCUCUCUAGACUGGCAGGAAGGGAGUGGAUUAGUCUCUCUCUGAAGUCCUGGCCCAUGAAGACAUAGAGCAUUGGGUUGAGGCAGCUGUUGAAGAAAGCCAACGAACUUGUGACAUUCACUGCAAUUUGGAGGUUUGGAGUCAUACCACUCAAGCGUUCAUGGACUCUGAUUGUGGAUAUGAGGGCCACUACCUGAAAUGGGCACCAGCAGAGGAAAAAGGCAGCCACAACAAAAGAGAGGACCUGCAGGGGACGGCUGGAUUUGAUCAGGCCUUGCCUGUGGAUUUUAGUGGCUAUGAGCCCAUAGCAAAUGGCAACAAUGGACAUGGGUGUGCUGAACCCAAUGAUGAACCUGAUGAUGCCUCUGACGGUGAGCAUGGUGAUGGCCACCUUCUGCUUCUCGACAGGAUCUGUGGUCCAGGGGGAGAAGUCAAAAGAACAGCCUGUUUUCCCUGGCCCAAGUUUAUCAGGAAUUGUGGUCACACGAAUGAUAACUGGCAAGGUGCAGACAAAAUGGAAGCCAACUACUCCAUUCCUCUGAAUGCAUCAGAACUGGUGGUCUAUGAUUCUACUACCUCCAGAGUUCUCUGGAUCCUCUCAAUGGUGGUCCUCUCCAUCACUUUUUUUCUUGGGGUGCUGGGCAAUGGGCUUGUGAUCUGGGUAGCUGGAUUCCGGAUGGCACACACUGUCACAACUAUCUUUUAUCUGAACUUGGCUUUGGCUGACUUCUCUUUCACGGCUACUCUACCAUUCCUCAUCACCUCAAUGGCCAUGAAAGAAAAAUGGCCGUUUGGCUGGUUCUUGUGUAAAUUAAUUCACAUUGUGGUGGACAUAAACCUAUUUGGAAGUGUCUUUUUGAUUGCUCUCAUCGCUUUGGACCGCUGUAUUUGUGUCCUGCAUCCAGUCUGGGCUCAGAACCACCGCACUGUGAGCCUGGCUAGGAAGGUGAUCAUUGGACCCUGGAUUCUUGCUCUCAUCCUCACAUUGCCUAUUUUCCUCUUCUUGACUACAGUAAGAGAUCAAAGAGGGAAUGUGUACUGUACAUUCAGCUUUGUGUCCUGGGGUGACACUGAUGUGGACCGAUUGAAAACAGCUAUCACUAUGCUAACAGCUAGAGGGAUCAUCAGGUUCAUUAUUGGCUUCAGCAUGCCCAUGUCCAUCGUUGCCAUCUGCUACGGACUCAUCGCUGCCAAGAUCCGCAGAAGAGACCUUGUUAAUUCCAGCCGUCCCUUACGGGUCCUGACUGCAGUUGUGGCUUCCUUCUUUAUCUGUUGGUUUCCCUUUCAGCUGGUGGCCCUUUUAGGCACAGUCUGGCUCAAAGAGAUGCUUUUAGGUGGUGGUUAUAAAAUUCUUGACAUGUUCGUUCACCCAACAAGCUCAUUGGCCUUCUUCAAUAGCUGCCUCAACCCCAUGGUCUACGUUUUCAUGGGACAGGACUUUAGAAAACGACUGAUUCAUUCCCUGCCUUCCAGUCUGGAGAGAGCCCUGAGUGAAGACCCUGCCCAGAUCAGUGGUACAGGCACCAAUUCACUUCCUGCAGACAUUGAAAUAAAAGCAAUAUGAGGAGAGAGCUGGGGGAUGCUUUUUGUCUCAUACUAGUCUCAUUUCACUUUUACCUUACCUUUUAUUGUCAUGAAGAGCAUUAUUAACCUGAAAAAAAUACUGUUCUGUCCCUGAAUUGGGGAAAAGAA